CAGUGUGGAAAGGCCUUUAGUCAAAUGGGUGAUCUCAAGACACACCUGAGGAUUCACACUGGAGAAAAGCCAUAUCAAUGCUCUCAUUGUGGAAAGACAUUUAGCCAUGUGUCUAAUCUCAAGAGACACCAGAUGAUCCAUACUGGAGAAAAGCAAUAUAAUUGUUCUCAGUGUGGAAAGGCCUUUAGUCAAAUGGGUGAUCUCAAGAAACACCAGAUGAUCCAUACUGGUGAAAAGCCAUAUCAUUGUCCUCAGUGUGGAAAGACCUUUUUUGAAAUGUGUCAUCUCAAGAAACACCAGAUGAUCCAUACUGGUGUAAAGCCAUAUCAGUGUUCGCAGUGUGGAAAGGCCUUUAGUCAAAUGGGUGAUCUCAAGACACACCUGAGGAUUCACACUGGAGAAAAGCCAUAUCAAUGUACUACAUGUGGGAAGGGUUUCAGGAGUAGCAGAGUACUUACCAUCCACCAGAUAACACACACAGGAGAAAAGCCCCAUCAAUGUUCUCAGUGUGGGAAAGCCUUUAGUCAAAUGUCUCAUCUCAAAACACACCAGAGGAUCCAUAAUGGGGAAAAACCACAUCAGUGUUCUCAGUGUGGAAAGGCCUUUAGUCAAAUGUCUCAUCUCAAGAGACACCAGAAGUUUCAUACUGGAGAAAAGCCACAUUAGUGUUUUCAGUAAGGAAAGACUUUUAUUCGAUGUGUCAUCUCAAGACCCACCAGAUGAUCCAUACAGGGGCAAAGCCUUAUCACUGUCUUCAGUUUGGAAAGGCCUUUAAUAGAAUAUCAUGUAUCAACCCCCCCUCCUUCCCCAUCACUUUUCAUUGCACAUUGCACAUAGCUCAUUGGUUAGAUUUUGAAACCAAGAAGCUAAUGGGUCAGGUAGAAGAUGCAUUAUAUUAACACCACAGAGCGCAGUAUGUUUACUGAACUCACAUUUUUAAGGUGGCACUGAUGAUAAGAUUACGGAUGGGUGUGUUUGAAAUGUAGAAUCCCAAUCAUUCUUAUGGUGUCUAUAUGGCGUAUUUUCCUGCAUGGUUAUAUUAUGUUUGCUGGUGAAACUUGAUAGUGAAAUGUGAAACUGUGACUUUAAUCAAGUCUAUGAGGCCCGUGCCGCUCCCUGACCUGCCAGGACGUGGGUUUGUUGUUGUUGUUGAAUAAAUGUACUUACAUGCAACUCUGGAGUCCUGAGGUAACGAAUGAAAUCUCACCUAGCAAAACUCUGUUCCUGUUUUUGUAGUAGGACUCCUAACAAAAAUAAAGCUUUUUUUUUUUAUUAUACUCGUGAAUUGUGUUAAUUCCUGUUGUAUUCUUAAAGUAAGGUACCAGCUGA